CUCUGCACGUCUCUCCACAGGAGGGCCAAGCUGUUCCGGUUUGCAUCCGAGAACGACCUUCCCGAGUGGAAAGAGCGAGGGACGGGCGACGUGAAGCUGCUGAAACACAAGGAGAAGGGGACCAUCCGCCUGCUCAUGAGAAGGGACAAGACACUGAAGAUCUGUGCAAAUCACUAUAUAACACCACUGAUGGAGCUGAAGCCCAACGCGGGCAGCGACAGGGCCUGGGUCUGGAACACACACGCCGACUUUGCUGAUGAAAGCCCCAAGCCCGAACUGCUGGCGAUUCGAUUCCUAAAUGCAGAAAAUGCCCAGAAGUUUAAGGCAAAAUUUGAAGAAUGCAGGAGUGAAUUAGAAGAAAAAGAAAAGAAAGGAGUAGGCAAGGAAAGCAGAACCGAAAAAGUGGUGGAGAAGUUCUCGGAGCUGUCGGUGAAGGAGGAGAAAGAGGAGGAGAAGGAGAAGGAGGAGAAAGAAGGCGGCCCAGAGCCCGAGAGCUCCGAGGCGCCUGCGAAGGAGACCAAGGACCAGGACGUGUUACUGCAAUAAAUCAUCUCGCGGGCCUCGCCUUCUUUCCUUUUAUUUUCUUAUUUUUUGUUUCGUUUUUGUUUUUUUUGUUUUUUUUUUUUUACAAGGGACUUUAUAUCAAGAACUGAAUUCCAGCCUCCAGGUUGUUUUCUAAGCUUUUACCCUUUCGAAGAUGUCUUCAGCAAACCCAUUCCCAGUCACAUGUACUGCGCUCAUAACAUUCUUUUCCAUAGUGGAAACACUUAUUUAUAGUACAUCCAAAAGAGUGAAUAAAACAUUUGAAAGCUGCAUCCAAGGACAGGACUGAGUUUUAUAUGUUUACUUAAACACACUGAUGGCUGUAACCCCCGGCAUUGGUUGUUGUCGGGUGCCUUUGUCUUUGUGUUGGUGACUUAGGGGCUUUUGGGGGUGCGUCAGUGAGUUUGACGGUGUCGUGGACAGGCUUUGAUUGGGAACGCCCCCUUCCCCCCAAGCUAGAUGCUUCAUUGGUGAUGUACCAGCUAACCCAGCCCAGUUGCAGCAUUCUGUCGGGGGCACAGUUGGCAUAGCUUGAGUCGUGGAGUCUUCCCGGGGGCCCUUGGGCCCGGGAAGCCCCGGGUAAGACGCUGUGCUCUCUGGAUACCUUAGUGUCGUGGCCUUGGCCAGCCUGGGAGUCGAGGCGAGAUAGGUGGAGACGGCUCUUGUGCGGCCUUGAUUGGCGGUUCACGGCCUUGGUUGCCCCCGGUGGGCACGGGGCCAGGCUGGGGUCCCGCUCUUGGUCCCGGCUCUCUAAACCGCCCUUUGUGUUUCACUCCUCUGGCACGAGGCCCUUCCCCCACGGGCGUCCUCCCUGCUCCGGGGACCUUCUCGUCCUUGGGCCAUGGAACACUCCUCGUGGGGCGGGUCAGCGCAUGAGUCGAGGCGGCACGGGGGCUCCGGUGGUGACACCCGGGAGCCGUGCGCCUCCGGUGGGAGGAAGGAUGGCAGAGCAGUAACCGGGGGUCCGGGUCGGGGUCCGCUCCUCUGAGUUGGGCGCAUGUCGGGUCUGGUGAGCGGCCUUCCCCCAAGGAGGCGCGGCCCGUCAUUCCCCCGCGCCCCCAGAAGCGAAGAACACCUCACCGCCCACGUGCCCUCGGGGAUGUCACCAAUGGCCAUGACCUGGGCCGGGUCCUGUCUCAUUUUGCUGUAGUCUGUUCAGUUUUAAGCCGAGAGCCUUCAGCCUCUUAAAAUGAAAGGCCUCUCCUAGGGAGGACGGUUUUCCGAUUUCAAGGCUGAAGGCUUAGUUUUUUUUAAAGGUUUUAUUCUGCCAUAAGCUUGAGAAAUGUUGACUAGCUGUGUGACCGGUGAGAACCGAGAGCCACCCAGGCUGGCAUUUUAUCUCCACUAUUCACUGUGAGCUUUGGAAAGCAACAUAAGCGGUUGAAAAGCAUAUUAGCCUAUAGCGUUUCUCAGUAGUACUAGGUCAAAGGACUCGCUUCAGUUGGAUUUUUAAUCUUGGCCGGUUCCUUCAAUUAUUUUCCUCACCACCCACCAAAGGUGCUUUAUUUCAAACCAAGAAAGCAUGUCGUCUCAGCUGCUGAGAGUCCUUCCUUAGCAUCCUCCACGAGGUCACCGUGUUCAUUCUGUCCCAGCUAUAGAUGUUACCGUUCUGACUUGGUGUUCGCCCUGUUUGGGUCUGUGUUUGUCCAUUUAAAAUUUCCAGCCCCCUGUCCCUUCUCAGUGGAGUGCCCUUCCAAAGGAAGAGGGGGAUUGUUUGAAAGAGUCCAUGCAGACCGACUCACCGAAAGUUUCCUUCUCCAACUGCUAAACUUUUGUUCUCGUCACCGUCGGGUCUCGUAGAGCAUUGUGACUCGGACUGGGCUCGGCCCGUCCGGGAAGGAGGAGGUUGUCAGAGACCCCUUGGGAAAUCCGACGGGGAGGGGGAGCGGCACAGGGGCUUAGGCGAUCGCGAGAUCGAGUGUUCCCUCGGGUUCUCUGGCGUCCGUGCGUUGGAAACACGAAACUGUACUCCAUGAAAUGUUCUGUUGGCUUUGAUUUCCUCCUGUGCUGUCCCCACCAGAGUGAUGGUUCUUGGGGAACGGGAGGCUGUUUUUAAAUGCUUUCGUUGAAGUUAAUGUGUGUAAAAGGGGAUGUAUGUCCCCGAGAUGCUUUCCCCUUGAAACGAGAAGCUAGGGAGGGGUGUGGGGUAUAAGCAUACCAGGCACUCUCCCCCUUCCAAAAAGAGAUCUUGUCUCACUCUGUAAUUGUUUUGUGUUCCAAUAAAGUGCCACUUAAAUGUA